AUGAGGGGAACAAACGAUGCAAUGAUUUAUGUGCUGGUUUGGGUAGAUGACAUCAUCUUUGGCUGCAGAUGUCAAGACGAAGUUGACAAGCUGAGGAGCUGCUUCUCGCAACAAAACAAGAUGGAUGACAGAAACCGAUUGCUCUGGUUCCUGGGAAUGCAGGUCAAGCAGUCGCCUGGGACGGUAACAGUGAAUCAAUCUCGUUACAUCGACGACUGCUUGAAGCGUUUUGGCCUUGCUGAAUGCAAACCAGUGGGCAUACCAGCGGACAUCAGCGCACAACUGCCGAAGACGGUCUGCCCUGAAGCUUGGUCAGCAGAGGCAGUAUUCAUGAAGGCUGGGGACUACAGAGAUAUUGUGGGCUCAUUAUUGUACAUAGCUAAGCAAACAAUAUCUGAUAUCCUAGCUACUGAGGCGCAACUCUCUCGUUUCCCGGAGAAUUCGGGAAGGGUCCACUGGGUGGUUGCAAAGAGGGUUCUUCGUUACCUGAACGGGAGCAAAGAUCUGGAGCUGUGCUACACUAAGGAUGCUGGUGGUGUAAAACUCUAUGGAUCCGCAGAUGCUGACUGGGCUGGAGAUUUGGAUGAUAGAAGGUCAACUACUGGCUACAGUUUUCAUUUGCAGAAGGCAGGGGCAGCAAUUAGUUGGAGCACCAAGAAGCUACCAAACGCAGCCAUGUCUACCAGUGAGGCUGAGUACCAAGCAAUGGCAUCAGCAUUUCAAGAGGCUCUAUAUCUUCGAUCACUUCUCUCGAUGAGAUGGGCGUAG